AUGUUGCUAUCUCUAUCGAUGAAUUCAGGUUUUAGUGCUUGUCUCUUGAAGGCUUGUCAGUUAGAUAUUUGGGACUUGCUUGGUCGUUUGGAAAUUAGAGAUUGGGCUGGUGUGGGAUGGUUGCGAUUUAGAGUAGUUGGGCUGGGUAGAUUGAUGGUAAGUUUGGGGGUGAGUUUGGUGUUCGUGUUGCUACUGGCAGUUGGUGGAGUUAGUGGGACAAGUGGUAUUGAGGAAGGGUAUACUAGUGUUCGGACUGGCAAUGGACCUUCCGAUUUAGAGAAUACGCGGGCGUUGUUUAAUGCACUGGAAUCAGUGGGCGUCAUCUUUGCUAGAUACGAUAGUUGGACUCGGAUUCAGCACUAUGUAUAUGAUCGGUCGACUGAGCCCAUCCUUAAUUUGGAAUCGCAUUCUGUUGGUUCAAAUGAUUUCUUACUAAACAUUCCUAGGUAUACUGUUGAGUGCGUUAGGGGUUGCGUUAGCUUUGAGUUGCAGUCUUAUCGAGAUGUUGAGGCCGCUCAGUUGGGUUUGAAGACGUUGCGGAUGUUUGCGGUAAUUAGGGCUAGGUCUGCUCGGCUUACUUAUAAACUGGUUGAGUCUAAUUGUCCACAAGUGAACAUGCAAAUUCUAUCUCGUGUGUUUAAUAUGCUUGAUUGUGUAUCUAUCGAGCUGGCGAUUGAAUCUUCUGCCCUGAAUGUGGAGUUGUCAUUGGAUCAUCUUGAUGCAGGGUUAUGUUGGGAAGAAGCUUGGAAUACAGCUAAACACGCGAAGAUUCAGGAUAGUUGCUGCUUGGGAUUGACGGGCUUGAAAGCAAAUAAGUGCCUGAACCUACUGAAUGUGGGUUUUGUGGCGCUGCGGCCAAUUAAGCAUGUGUCGUUUCGCCAAAAUGAUUUUCAGUUUAUCUCUUUGCUGCGUCGGUUGUCACUUACAACUCACUACUCCCUUUCUUUUGUUGAUUUGCCUGUGUUGGCUGAACUUGAUUUCAAUCUUUUAUCAACAAUGCCGAUGAUUUGUGAUAAAAUUAACAUUCAGUCGCUUAGUGAGGCAAGAAUAUCGAUAGUUGGUCUUGAAAAUGCUACUGCUAAGCAUGCAAAUCUAGUUUUGGAGAUGACGUGGAUGCUGUUUUUUUAUCUGUGUUUGAAUAAUAGGUCGUUAAUUCGCGUUCAUGGUAUCACGGGGUUUUAUGUUAAUUUGGAAUCACUUCUGGUUUUGGACAAGAAGUCCUUGCCCAGAGAGCCAGUUGAAACAAAAAUCAUUGUUGGUUAUUUGCACUUCUUUAUUGGUCGUUAUCGGCCUUGUAAGGCCUUGAGUUACUAUAGCCAGUUCUAUACUCGUAAGGCCUUUUCCCGGUAUGGAGUAUCGGUAAGUGAUAUUCAAAUUGAAUAUGAACCUGGCCGGAGUGACUUGGACGGGACUCUACAGCUCUUUACGAGGUUAAUGGCCAUACCAGAAAUGCCGGUCCAGGUAGAAGAUGGCCUUGUGGUUUGUUCUGGUAUAGGCCUUAGUGGCCCUAGCUGGACUAUAACGAAGCAUGUUAUUGUUCAUCUGCACCAUCGUUUACUGAACCGGAUAGUAUCUUCCUAUCGAGGCAGUGUAAACUCCUGUUUCUGCCAGCAUAUAACCUAUAAGGAUCUUGCCAUUCGUGGAACCAUACUGCCAGCCCGGGGGCAAGUUCGUCGGUGCCUUACUUUGUUAGGGCUGUUUCAAAACAUUGUAGCCCAAAGAUUUCGGAUCAUUAAUGUGAAUGAUGUUGCUAAACCAAACCAUGACUUUGCGGUUAGUAUUUUACAUAAUGAGCGGGCUAAAAAGCCGAAAUACCGGUUGAAUGCAGCGGAGUUGGUACUUGAUAAUGUGUCCAGGCUUGUUCUUUAUUGGGUGUUCGCCCACUAUGUCUUUGUUGAUCCAAUUGAAAUAUACCUUUUGAACAUGUAUUUCAGGAACCUUGCUAUUGCCCAGGUGUUAUCCUUGAAGUUAGCCCGUAAUAUCACUGGUUUGAUGGUUAAUAGCUUCCUGGGAUUGAAUGAGGUCAAAUAUUACAAGAAGAAAGAUCAAAUCAAAGGCUUCUCAUUAUACAGGUAUGUGGCAGCUAUGGAAGAACAAGGUUACUCGCUCGAUGAACUUGGUCUGCCUAAACUAUCUAUCCAGAUGAAUGUUGGCUACCUUAACUCGUUUUCUGAUGUCCUGCUCGAGCUCUGGGAAUCUAACUUACUGCCUCGAGUUAUACCCUUUAUGAAGUACAUAUCUAACACUUUAAGUCCAUCUACUAUUGUUGUUCUGAAUGAGAUUACGCUUUAUAUGGCUACGAUCUUGGACUUGAAUGCUGAUUUGCAGAGGUGUCUUUCUCAGCCGGCUCAGUGGUCAGAUCCGCUAGUGACGAAUUUGUUCUUGCACUUUAGUGACGCGCAUGUCUUAACUGAAGCCGAUUUGUUUAAUAUUCUUCGAUGGGUGGCUUGUCGGUUUUCUAAUCUGACUCAUUUGUUGCUUGCGAAUCUUACUGUGCCUGCGACACUUCGUCCGGUGCUCCAAUCACGUGACUACCUGGUUCGUGGAUUGGACUCACUUAAAUCCAUUCAAAUAGAAAUGACAAUGCGAAACCCAGACAGCCCAACGAUAACAUUGCCAGUCCGGCCAUAUCGUGUUAGUUUAUUAGCCAAUACUCCUAAUACAGUUGCGCAGUUUACAGCGGUGGCAUCUAAAACUCUGUCCUAUAUUCUAUCACAUCUUGAUGGCUUUGGUACAAUUAUUCCUAGAUAUGUUGGAUGCAAAGCAUCGCUUGAAAUGGUUAUCGAACGUUUAAAGAAACAGGGGGCGGAUGUUCGCUGUCCCGUCUGUCUUAAGGAUCUUUAUUUGCCCUCUUCUCCGGGCUUAGUUGACAUUGAACUUGACCCUAACUUUGACCCCGACAAUAGCUUCACUGGUAUUUGCUACUCCAUGUGCGGCCAUCCGCUCUGUGCUCCAUGCGCCCAAUCAAUUCAGAUUCAGGAUAGCAAAACGUGUCCACUUUGUCGGAACGAGAGUUUAUAUGAUAGUAUUCAUCAGCUCGUGUCUCUUCCGCUUUCUAGCUUUGUCUUUGUUGAAACUAACAAUAAGGUGGCCCUUUCUGAUUUCCGAUGGCUCCGGGCUAUGGCCUGGAGUGAUAACCGUAUCUAUUUCUAUUUGACCUAUAAAAAUAUCGCCAAUCUUGAGGCCGACUUUGAGAGAAAGGAAAUCAACAGUUCUACUCAUCAAGUUUACGUUAUUUGA